UUCCUCUCCCCACCCCUCUCUGUGGCACAGGUAUUGGCAGAUUCAUCCCCUGAAGCUAGCAAAGCAAAAGCUCUGCUUUGUAGUUCAAUAUUCUAGUUUGAUAGACACCGCUGGUCUCUUUCUUCUCUUUGCCUUGUUGCUCUGGCCUCAAGGGAAAGGAAGAAAGAAACCCCAUCAUUUUUUUCUCCCCUGCUUUUCUCCCCCUCUCCCCCCUUGCUCUCUCCUCGCUGCUUCAUGAAUUCAGAGCCCUCCCCGGAAGGCUCUGGCUUUCGCCCUCCUCCCAGCUUUGCCUUUUGCUGGAAGUUUUGCUUUUGGGUUCGUCUCUUGAAGCACUGAGUUGCCGUCGGCGGAGAGUUGGUUGACAUAUCUGAUAGAGCCUCCCUGUCCUUGGUUUCGUUUUUGGGGUCUCUGGUUUCUUCUUCUUUUGAUAUGUUGCAUUCUUGUUUCUAGUUGUGUUGGAUGGCUUAUUGGGUUUAGAUCUCCAGCCUCGUUGUGAAGCUUCGUGUUCGAAUUUUCUGAUUAUCUGUGAUUUGUUGCUUAUAUUUUGAGAGGUUGUCUUUGUUGUAUUGGGAAAAAAAAAAGUCGGUUCUUUAUGAGAUUCCUAAGGCUAUGGUUGCACAGGGGAAAAGGAGUAUUCUGAUUCCUUUCAAGAUGCUUGGUAAUUUAACACGGAUAUUUUUGUGGUGAACCCAAAGCUCUCCGCAUUUCCCAUUUGAGCACACCCUUUUCUUUGUUCUCUAUCUCUCUCUCUCUGUCUCGCCUUCGAAGUCGAAAAGCGGCCUCUCUUUUUUAAGCAGAUCGAGAAUUUGGUCGCCCUUCAGCAUCUGACUUGAGUUUAGUCUGAAGGAGGGGUUGUGUGAUUCCCAUGUGAUGAAGUGGGAAAUGGAAGUUCUCUCAUCCCCACCAUACGCAUCGAAUGCGAAUUGGUUUCUUGACGAAGGAAGGACUGCGAAAUGGACCCCUGCAGAGAACAAAAUGUUCGAAAAAGCGCUGGCGGUGCACGAUAAGGACACGCCAGAUCGGUGGCAUAGGGUCGCCUCGAUGAUCCCUGGGAAGACGGUGGAAGAUGUGAUUAAGCACUAUAAGGAUUUGGAAGUUGAUGUGAGCAAUAUAGAAGCAGGGCUUAUCCCUAUCCCUGGCUAUAGCACUACAUCGCCCUUCACAUUGGAAUGGGUAAAUGGCCAUGGAUAUGAUGGUUUCAAACAGUCUUAUGGGCUUGGUGGGAAGAGAUCUCCAUCGAUUCGGCCUCCCGAACAAGAGAGAAAGAAAGGUGUUCCUUGGACAGAGGAAGAGCACAAGCUCUUUUUGAUGGGUCUAAAGAAAUAUGGGAAAGGUGAUUGGAGAAACAUUUCCAGGAACUUUGUGAUCACGAGAACGCCGACGCAAGUAGCUAGCCACGCACAGAAAUACUUCAUCAGGCAACUUUCAGGUGGAAAAGACAAGAGAAGAGCCAGCAUCCACGAUAUCACAACUGUGAAUCUCACAGAGACUAGAACUCCUUCACCAGACGAUAAAAGGCCGCCUUCGCCAGAUCAUUCAUCCAUGGUGGUUCGGCAACCGACCCCCGCAGCAGCACCCAGGACUCCCUUUCUCUGGAAUCAGCCAAACAAUGGAGGGCCCAUGACCUUCCAUGCGACACAAGGGGAUAUGUCCAUGUGCCCACAUUUCAGUGUGAACUCUCUUGGGCUUAAAUUUCAAGGGCAGAAUACUCACAGAGGGACUUUAGUCAGUGUUCAGAACCCCAUUUUUCAUUUGCAAGCUGGGCAGAGUUAUCCUCAUGGAUGAGAUCGCAGCUUCAUCCCCGUUUUCACUAGCUUGAAGCAUCUUUUGUUUCAGUCUUUUCAAGUUUAGCGGUGUAGCUGUGGUUGUGCUUUUGUCAUGGUUUCUGUGAAUAUGUUUACUAGAAGAGUUUGAGUUAGUUCAUCAGUAUCUAAACUCAGGACACAGGAGAACACGAUCGUGUUUCUUUUGGAAGCCAUAAAACUAGUGUAUAGAUUCUCAGAGCUGGAUUUUUUCCUUUAGCGAGAAUCUCGACCUUUGUUUGAGUACUCUGGUGUUUCUGCCUCUGCCAACAGAGUUCUACAUUGAAAGCCGUGGAAGAACAUGAAGAGGGCAGUAUCAAUAGGCGUAUAUGUGGUCUGUCAUUUGACUGAACGAUCUAAUAUAUCAUUUUCGAGCAAACAAUUGCUUAACACCCAAAAAGAGGCGACCAAAGUUCGUUCCUUCUGGUAUUAUCUUUAAUUUGAUUUUCCCGUCAAGUUAAGAUUGCGAUUCUGGAUAAUGGAUGCAUCCUGAGAAUGGUAUCCGAGGUGACUUCAAUGGAGAAUGGAAUAAAGGCGCUGGCCUAAGUAAGCAUAUUCAAUCCCAAGUUGAAGGCUUAGCAUAAAACGCAAGUCUCGUGGCUUGAUGCAAAGAAAGAAUGUGUCGAAGAAAUGGGUUUGUUUUGCUUUGUUUUUGUGUGCAGAAAUGAGUUCUGUUGGAUACCGAAAUUUGGCUUGGCCAUUGGAGUUCUUCGCUUUUUCAUCUCAUGUAAUCUGGAAAACAGGGGAAUAUCAACGACUGAAUUCAAUUUCAGAUUUGAUUGGAGCA